CCCCCCUGAUCUCUGCUGCCCUCUGCCUCCAGUAUCCGUGUCCAUUGACUGAGAAUCUGACCAUCCAUCUCUUGAGGCUCAUCGUCCUCAUCCUCGUCCUCGAAGUGGUUCAUCCGGAAGGUUGAGGUGGCUUGGAGAAAUCCAGCUUGCUUCGGUUCUUUUGGUUCUUCUUUGGGCUUGUGUCGUGAGGUGUUGGUCGAUUCGUGUCUGCUCUCUCCGACCGACGGACAGAGGCACAACAGAGGCACAGAGGCACAGAUCGGCAAGCGGACAAGAAGACUCGAAGGUUUGAUUUCGCCGGGCUCGCCAGGGGAAUCCAGGGCCACACACGAGGCGCGGGUUGAUCCGAAUCCUGAACACGCCUUGCAAGUCACGGACCGAUUCGCCGGAUUGGGAUUGAGUCUACCGCACGCCUGAGCGGUCCUUCCAAGCUCCUCACUCCCUCAUUCCCUCACAGCAUGAGCGUGUCCGAUCACGUGGCCCGUUUGGAGGGUCUGCCCUUCAAGGUCAGCAAGGCCGAGUUGCUCGAGUUCUUCGCCGACUGCGAAGUGGCCAAAGGCGAGGACGGCAUUCAUUUGGUUCUCAACCAUGAAGGUCGGGCCUCGGGAUUGGGCUUCGUCGAGUUCGCCUCGGCUGCCGGCCUCGAGGAGGGCCUCAAGUUGAGCAACAAGAACAUCGCUUCAUACGGCCGUUAUGCCAAGAUCUCGGAAUGCCCCACCAAAGAGCUCCAAUGGUAUUUGAAUCGCAUGGAAGCUGGCACGGAGAGCAAGAAGUUCCGCGUCCGCAUGCGUGGACUCCCUUACCGCGUCACCGAGUACGAUGUGGCCCAAUGGUUUGCACCCGAGGCGGCCUGCUCGGACGUGGAGAUCCACCUGAACAGCGAUGGGCGUUCCAGCGGCAUCGCCACGGCUUUCUUCGACAGUCGCGAGGAGGCGGAGAAUGCGCUCAAAAAGCACAAUGCCGACAUGAACCACCGGUACAUCGCGCUCAGCCUCGAAUCCGAAGACCCCAUGUCCCGGCAUGGGUUCUUCAUCCGCAUGGGGGGCAUUCCUUUCCGAGCUUCCGACGAGGAGCUCAAGGAGUUCUUCCUGCCGGCCAAAUGCGUCAGUGUGCGCAUCAUUUUCAACAAUGAAGGCCGACCGUCCGGCAAUGCCAUCGCCGAGUUUGAGAGCGAGGCCGACGCACUCCAGGCCAUGGAGAAGGACCGAGAGACCCUGGGUAAACGCUUCGUUAUUCUGACACGCGUCGAUGCCUCGGGCUACAACUUGAAUGAGGACGGUGGCGGUGACACCAAUGGCGAGCGACGAGGGCGGAGCGGCGGGGGCACCGGAGGCCGUGGCUUUGACACCGAUAGCGAAGGCCGCGGAGGUUUCUCGGUACGCAUGAGUGGCUUGCCGUUCCGCGUCACUGUGGAGGAGAUCAAGGAGUGGUUCAGUCCUGAGGCCACUUGCUCUCACGCCCGGCUGUUGCUUAACCGCGAUGGACGCCCAUCGGGUGAGGCUGUGGCCGAAUUCGCCACGCAAGAAGAAGCUGAACAAGCCCUCACAAAGAACCGACAAAACUUGGGUACGCGUUACGUGAUCUUGAAGGCUCAGUACUGAAAUUGAGACCUUGCUUGGUUGACGACUCGGGCCUCUUUAACUCGGGUCACACCAUAGACACGCCAUCAUCGCCAUCACAACCACAUCUAUCUACAAGUUUACGAUUGAUUUCUAUCUUUAUGUAAAAAAAAUGAUAUUGAUUUCACACCUCGAGCUUUUUUCCCCUCUGAAGGCCAAUGACGACAUGCCAAAUGUCUUCCGUUCAUGAAAGAUCUGCGAAAAUACAUAAAGUUCUGGGCCAAAUUUAA